AUGGGAUAUUUUUAGACAUUUUUUGAUUUAAGAAAAUUUGUCUCUAAUUGUUAUAUCAAAUAAAAACAGAUUGCUAAAAAUUAUAACAUGAAGCUUCUUAAUCAUUUUUUGAAUUAAAAUAAAACAAUUAGGAAGGGAUUAAAUCAUAAAUGA